GAAAGUAAGGGUGCUGGGGAGGGGCAGGGGUAGGGGAAGGGGCAGGGGCAGGCCCAUAGGCAGAGGGCCAGUAAAUGGGCGGAUGACUUCUUUGGGCCCCAAGCGCCACCGGGCAUCGCUCCUGGUUUGCCUCUUACUGUUGCUGCUGCUGGUUCAAGGAGUGAAGCCCCAGAGUGGGUACCAAAAUAGCAAUGGGAGGAACCAAAAAGAAGAGCAGGCCUCCCCAACAGUUCUAGGUGAGGGUGAAGAAGAGCUAGAGGAACAUUUUGUGGCUUCAUCAAUUGGAGAGGCACUACAGUGGCUGACCAUGGGGCACCCACAAGAGGAAGAGGCAGAAGUAGAGGCAGAAAUGGACGACAGCACAGCUAUUCAGGACCACCUCUUUGACCUGGCCUUUUGCUUAAACCUCGCCAGUAUCCUGGUUUUUUUAUGAGGAACAUGGAGGCAGAGAUCAUCGCCUGGUUUCUGGAUGAGGAAUUGGACAUCUACCUCCGCUUCAUGAUUGCCUAUUGAUUUCCCCUGACCCCAGGGUUACCACUCCCCAAGGGGACGUCUGCACUGAUUCUUGCUAGCUCCCACCCUCUGGUUCUAAAUCUCAGCCUCAUAUAGCACUUGGGAACUGGAGUGUAUCUGUUUUGAAAACCACUGCCUGAUUUCUGCCACUAAGCUUCCUGAAUAUCACUGCCCUGGGCGAAGGGACACCAUAUCCCUCUCCCCACUGUCUCUUCUCCUCUGCCUUGUGAUGGAGAUGCUCAGAGGGUUGGGGAUGGGGAGGGAAGCAGCAGCAACAAUAAUAAAACCCCCAAAACAAAUGG